AUGAAGCUCACCAAGAACCUCUCUUCUCUCAUUGUGCUUCCUUUCUUUAUCCUUAGCGCGUCCGCUGCUCCAAGCCAUGACCUUCCAAUUCUCGAUCGUCGAGAUGAUGCCAACGCUACAAGUACUAGCGAUAACAGCACAACUCUCGAACCCAUCAUCCCCCCGGAGGUUGAUCCAAAGGACUUCUCGGUAUUCACUCUCGAUAAGCAGGUUACUCUGGCCUGGGCUGGUACACCAGACUCAGAGCCUGGGUCGAAACGAAUGCGAAAGCGCGACAACGCCAUCUUCUCUCAAGCCAACUUUACCUUUCGAUACCCCGUCAUCCCACUUGACCAUUCCGUCUUUGUGUCAAGUGUGGCCUGCACCAAGGGUGCUUUGAGUGGCGUGAUAUCGAAUUCCGCUGCCUAUAAUUAUGCUAAGGCGCAGUGGAAGGGCGCGGGGAAGAUCAUAUUCAUUACCUCCGUGGACGGGUGCGGCGAAGAUCAUGCCAAUGACUUGUUCCUGUCUCAAUCCAUCACGUUCAACGACACCACGAAGGCGUUCACUGCUAAGGGUUCCACGACUGAAUAUGCCGAUGUAUAUGAGCGUUUCAAGCUUGAUUUUGGCAAAAUUGGAACCCUAAACGUCAGGCGGGCCAUCGAUAAGAGAGCCAUGUUUGAGCCGCAUAUGCUUGAAAAGCGCCUGAGCAAGACUUGGUCUUACCAGUGGUCUCAAUAUCUCAACAACGAAGAAAUUCUUGGUACGGAUGAAGAUGCGCCGUGGCCAAAUGCUGCAAAGCUCAUCGAAUGGGGUUCUGAAGGUGGAGAAGAGGAUGAUUCGUAUAAAAAGGGCGAAGUCGCUGACCCAAAUGGCCACCAUAAACGUUGGGAUAACGCCACACUUGCAGAGCGCGACUUGUCCUAUGGUCUAAUUCUUUAUUGCGUGGAGUGCGGAUUUGGCGGCCAGGCGUCUCUCACCGGUACCAUUGAAGCCAGUAUCUUCAGCGGAAUGGAGAAAGCUCAGAUCCAGUUCAACGCUCAGUUCAAAGCCGGACUCAACCUUGGCCUGAAGGCGUUCGUCACGUAUGAGAAGGAAUGGACAUAUCCUGUCGCCGAGUUCUCUCCCUGGAGCUUUGGCAUUCCACUUCUAUGCACGGUUGGGCCUUAUAUCGGUCUCGAUGUCCAAGCUGGAAUGACUAUUGAAGCAACUGGCACCUUACUUAUUGGAGCUUCGGUUGAGUGGGAGAACAUUGACAUCUUGAUCGAUCUGCUAGACUCGAGCAACAGCCACUCUAAUGGCCUCACGCCGGUGUUUACGCACAGAACUGAAGCCACCGGUGAGCUCAAGAUGGAGGCAUCUCUAGGCCUGCCAGCGAGUGUUGGAGUCAAGCUCAAUGUGCUAUCGGGCCUAUGGUCAGCAAAAGGAGGGGUAGUCGACACACCGUCAGUUGUUUUGGAAGGGAGUUUCGAAGUCAGUGCGACAGUCACUGAUGACGGCCAGAUUGUCACGGACGUCGAUGGCGAUUGCUACGGCAUCGCUUGGAACAUCCAUUUCGAAAACACCCUUGAGGCCUUUAUCACACUUGGUGAUGACACAAACAAGUUUCCCCUCAUUGAUCCCAUGGAGAGCGAUCCCAUCGCCGAAGGCUGCAUUGGCUAUGUCAAUGACGGAACUGGCGAUGAUGGAUCUGAUGAUGAGGGCGGUAUGUCUGGAACUGGAAUGGACUGCGGCGGUAGUGGUCUGUUCGCUGACUGUGAUGGAUCACAGCCGGCGCCUGUCUUUGAUCCAACAUCCAGGAAGAAGACCGAUACCAAGUCCACUAAACAAAAGGGUACCGCUCAGAGCAAGUCCAGUAGCAGUGAUAAGAAGGCUACCUCGAAUAAGAAGCCCAAGACAUUAACUACUAGCAAGAAGCCCACCAGUACCAAGACUAAGAAGCCGACCAAGACCUCGAGUGUUAUAACAGCCACUACCAAGAACACCAAAGCUACUCAGGCUGCUGCUAAGAAUGUCAGCCCGGCCAAAGCAUCCACGACUUCAAAGAAGGCUGCAGCAGCAUGUACUCCCUCAGCUGUCGCCAACUCCAAGACCCCUCCACGUUCAGUUUGCAAGAGGAAUGUGGCAAAGGCUCGUGUCCCCCCCAAGUCCAUCAUAGGCAAAGCCUCUUCCGUGAAGAGCGUGAGUACUUGUGCCGAAACCUGUUUGAAGAGCAAACAGUGUUUGAGCUUUGGGUAUGGUGAGGAUAAGACGUGUCAACUAUACGGGAAGAACCUCAAGAGUCUCGGUGUCACGUCGAGUAAAGGGAAGCAGGCCUCGGUUUUCUAUGAUAGGAAGUGCUACACGUUUAGCGAAUGUUAA